UCGGCCUCCGUCAGUGUGCUGCAGCUGCCGCCAUGCGCCACAACCACAUCUGGCCGCUGUUGCUGCUACUGCCGCUCGGCUGCCGCCGGGCUGCCGGGGCCAGCGAGGCGACGAUGAAGCGGCUGCACGAGGACCUGCUCAACAACUACGACCGCCGCGUGCGACCUGUGCAGGACUCCUCCACCGUCACAGAAGUCACCUUCCACAUGGACAUCCACGACGUCGAUCUGAUGAGUCACGACAUGCUGGGAGUUGAGACCUGGACUUACUGGGAAUGGAAGGAUGAACUCCUGAAAUGGGAUCCGAACCGAUACGAAGGCAUCAAGGAGGUGCUCAUGAGCGCGAAUGCCAUCUGGACGCCGGAGCUGGUCCAUGUCAGCAGGGGCGCAGUCGGGAAUGCGCUGCAGCCCAUGAUGCCACGGGGCGGGUUCUGCCGCGUCACGACAGAUGGCAACGUGUCGUGUAUGGUGGAUGCUGAGUACUACUCGCACUGCGGCGUUGACUUGGCCAAGUGGCCGUAUGACACACACACGUGCUACCUCAUCUUCAUCAACUGGCUGGAUCUCGACGACGAGGUCAGCAUCAGGCUGCGCAAUGGCACGGGGUUCUCCAUCAAGCAUGUGAAGACACAGCGCGACUGGGAAUUGGUGUCCGUCAAAAGUGAAGAGAUUCCUCGCCAGAACGACGAUCGCAAAGGCUUCCGCAAAAUCGACUUCUACUUCACGUUCAAGAGGCAUGCGGAGGGCUACGCCGCCACCGCUCUGGCUCCAGCAGUAGUGCUGUGCCUGGCCACGCUGGCGAUGCUGCUGCUGCCACCCUGGCAGGCGGAGCGCUUCUCGGUGGGGCUGUGCCUCAUGGCGGCUCAGUGCCUCUCCCUCACCGACCUCUACCACAACUUCUCCUACGAGAUCACCGUCCCACUAGUCGUGCUGCUGUACCGGGACUCGCUGGUGAUGGCUUGCGUGGCGCUGGUGCUGGCCGUGGUGAUGCGCGCCCUCAUCCAGUCGGAGGUGGAGGCUCCCAGCUGCGUGGCGGCGCUGCUCGACCAGGUGCCCACCUGGCCCUACGGACUCUCUCUGAUGGCGCAGCCUCGGGAGGAGAGCGGCGGGCGGCGGCAGUCUCGCGGCUCGGCAGUUUGGCGGCAGCUGUCGUCGCUGGUGGACCGCUGCUGCUUCUGCGCCUACUGCCUCACCUGCCUAGCGCUGCUGGUCGCUCUGGUGCCCUAGCGGCCUCCGGGCGCGACCGGCGACUUUCCACUUGUCGCCUCUCCGCUCCAGCAGUGAACGCGGCCGCCGAACACUGCAGAAAUAACCGCUGCCGUGUAUCUGCUGUUACUAAAACCACAAUAAAAAAUACAAAAAAUGCA